AGAGCGUUUCACAACAAACCAACACACGUGUGUCAGUCAGUAAGAAGUGACUGAGGGAUGCAUUGACGCAUUAGCUUAUAGUUCCAAGAACCCGUCUGGACCCAUGGGUCGAAGUAAAAAAGGCUUCAAUUGGCGGGCCCGUCAACCCGUGGCGGGCCAUUACACCGACGAGAAGCAAAUUCAGGCCCUGGAAAAGAGCUACGUGCCCCCCUGGGAUAAGGGCGCGAAUGAGCCCGAUCCCGGGCAGGUGGAUUUGAAACGCGGGCACGAUGAGGCCAAUGCGUGGAUUCUGCCCGCGCAAAAGCGCUGCUUCAAGCGGGAAAAGAGCCUCCAUCUGCCCAGCACCAAAUUGUUGAGCAAAAAGCGUCGGAAACACUUGGAGAAGGUGGUCCAACAGAAGCACAAGAAGGCCCAGUGGGCCCAACUCAUUCAGGAUCUGGGCCAAGUCCAAUGCGAUCCCCAAGCCCUGGACCAAAUGACGUCCAUCUCCAUGAUCCAGACCAAAGGCCUCAAACGUCAAUUCGCCGAAGAUCAAUACCGAGAGCAACAUCCCGAGCUUUUCCCCACCCAAUCCGAAUCCUCGUCAUUGGCCCGCCUCACCCCAAAUCAGCCCCUCAAACGGGCGAAACUCAAGAAACUUUGGCCCAAACCGCCCGCACCCGAAUCCAGAGCUCCAGAUGUCCUGGGCUUGGAAGAGCCAUCCUCGUCCGAGGCCUCCAGCUCGGAAGACGACUCCGAAGACGAACCUCCGGCAGUCACGCCCAUCGAGUCUUCCCCCCCAGCCCCGCCUCAAGAGGCCGCCGACGCCCGACCUGUUGUGGUCCCACCCCCGAAAUCCGGGAAAAUCCCACGGACCUUGCCCAUCAAUCGGGGCGUGCCCAAUCCCAGUACUUUCAUCAGUGUCCAUCGCCAUCCCGAAGUUCAAACUAAUCGUGAAAAAUUACCCAUCCUAGCCGAAGAACAGAUCAUCAUGGAAGCUAUUCAUGACCAUCCUGUGGUGGUUUUGGCCGGUGAAACGGGUUCAGGUAAAACCACGCAAGUCCCUCAAUUCUUGUACGAGGCCGGGUAUACCAAGAGUGGCAAACUGAUCGGCGUAACCGAGCCUCGUCGAGUGGCCGCCAUGUCCAUGUCUCAACGAGUUGGAUUCGAGAUGAACUUGCCCGAUCUGGUCUCGUAUCAGAUCCGAUUUGAAGGGAACACUUCCGAACAAACCCGGAUCAAAUUCAUGACUGACGGUGUGCUCUUGCGCGAAAUGGCCAAGGACUUCCGAUUGCGCAAGUAUUCGGUUAUCAUCAUCGACGAAGCCCAUGAGCGGUCGGUGUUUACCGAUAUUUUGAUUGGGAACUUAUCCCGAAUCGUUCCUCUUCGAGCCAAGGACACUGAAAAUGGUCCCUUGAAGCUGAUUGUCAUGUCGGCCACGCUUCGGGUCGAGGAUUUCACGGAGAACUCCAAGUUGUUUAAAACAGUGCCACCCGUGAUCAAGGUUGAGAGUCGACAAUUCGAGACCACGUGUCAUUUCCAGAGAACCACCCCCGAUGACUAUGUGUCGGCUGCCUUGAAAAAGGCGUGUAAAAUUCAUCGAGAAUUGCCCGAAGGUGGUAUCCUGAUCUUCGUGACUGGUCAGCAAGAGGUCAAUCAAUUGGUCCGGAAACUCCGGGACUUGUAUCCAUCCAAAAAUCUUGAAAAAGACCAGCUGGACGACUUUAAUGGACUGGAUGAAGAAGACGAGACGAUUGAGAAAACCCUAAGAAAAGCGACGCUCAAGCGAAAGAAAGGCCAACAAUCCAAAGUUCCGACGAGGUCUGGCCCAAUGGCAAAGGGUGUUUUGCCCCGAGUUGACUUGAAUCAAUAUCGAGCCAUUCCUCUCGAUGACACGGAAGCUGAUGCAAUGAGGGAUGAUCAGCCAGAAGAAGAAGACGUCUUGGAGGCCGAUCCGGAGUCCUUGGGCGUGACUACAGGCGGGCAACCCCUCUGGUGCUUGCCCUUAUACUCCUUGCUGAAUUCCGACAAGCAAGCCCGAAUCUUUGAACCAGUGCCAGAAGGUCAUCGGCUAUGUGUCGUGUCCACCAAUAUCGCGGAAACUUCCCUAACCAUUCCUGGUAUCAAGUAUGUCGUGGAUUGUGGAAAGGUCAAGACCAAGUUCUACGACAAGCUGACCGGCGUGACCACCUACCAAGUGACUUGGGGAUCCAAGGCUGCGGCUAAUCAGCGCGCCGGUCGGGCUGGUCGAGUUGCCCCCGGCCAUUGCUAUCGGUUGUUCUCCAGUGAAGUGUUCAAGAACGAUUUCCCCCUCCACGCUCAACCUGAGAUCUUGAAAAGGCCAGUAGACGAUCUUGUGCUCCAGAUGAAGGCCAUGGGCAUCAUGAAUGUGAUCAAUUUUCCUUUUCCCACUCCUCCCGAAAUGAGUCAAUUGAAAGUGGCUGAGCGUAGGCUACUGUCCUUGGGAGCCUUGCGAUUCGAUAAGGCCAGUAAGAUUCAUCAAAUCACACCUCUGGGCAAAUCCAUGUCGGCUUUUCCCGUGGCCCCGUGUUUUGCCAAGAUGUUGGCUCUAAGUGAGCAGCAGAACCUUAUGCCUUACACCAUCUCCCUUGUCUCGGCCUUGACAGUCCAAGAAGUCCUUUUGGAAACACCAGUGGGCAAUCACGAGGACUCUUUCAAUCAAGACGAAGUCCGCAAAAUUCGGAAGAUUUGGGCUGGAAAGGGUAAUCAUCUUUUACUGGGGGAUCCCAUGAUUCUUUUGAAAGCGAUUCACGCCGCUGAAUACGAAGCAGGGAGUCGUGGCAACAUGCUCGAUUUUUGCAAUCGAUACGCAUUAAGGCAUAAGGCCAUGAUUGAGAUCCGCAAACUUCGUCGACAGCUCACCAACGAAGUCAACCUUGUGCUUCCCCACAUAAACUUAGCCUUGGACCCCAAGAUGAGCCUCCCCGACGACAAUGAAUCGAAUCUGUUGCGCCAAAUCGUUUUAGCCGGCAUGGUCAAUCAAGUUGGGCGACGGCUCGAGGUUCCACCCAACAUCACCGAUCCCAAAGAACGUGCCAAGCUCGAAAACGCCUACCAAUGUGGCAAUCUGGCUGAUCCGGUUUUUAUGCAUGGACGAUCCAUCUUCUUCUUGAAGAAGAAGACCGUCAAACCCCCCGAAUGGAUCGUCUAUCAAGAAGUCUUUGAGACGGAUCGGAUGCAUAUUCGCGGUAUGACGGCCAUUGAGCCAGAGUGGUUGCCAGUGUUCGCCAAGACUCUCUGCAACUUCCUGCCGCCUUGCCAGGAACCUGAGCCCUGGUACGAUAUCGAAAGUGGGCGAGUCAUGUGUAAAAUCAAUGGGACUUUUGGCCCUCAAGCUUGGCCUUUACCCACUCUUACGCUUCCAUAUCCGGACACGCCAGAUGGCGGUGCUGUGAAAUAUUUCGCGCGGUUCCUUUUGGAGGGAUUGGUCACUGAUAAAUUGGAUUCGUUGAAAGAAGCUCUAUUGGUGCGACCACUGACCUUCACCAGAAGCGCCUCAUAUCAGGGCGAGCAUGUCAAGAAGUUCCUUCAGGCUUUGGCAGACGAAAAGGUUGCUUGUCGUGCUUCGUUGGCUAAAGUGAGUAAGAAGAACCCCGAAUUCCUGCUGAAUGAGUUCAAGGCCUUUGUUCCGAAAGCGAAGGUGAAAUCAUUGCCCUCCAUAUGGCCUUUAUGCUGAAUUAUAUCAUUUUCGUGUUCUCGGUAAUUAUGUGAAUAUAAUUUUUUGAAUUCCGGA